ACAAGAGAAAAAUCUCCCACACAAAAAACAAAAAGAAAAAAACAAAACGGAAAGCCAAGCACUGCGGGCCAGGCGCUUCCGAUUCCGGUCGCAGACAUGGCCGCCGAGAACUAUCACCUUAAAUGGGACUCGCAUUUGUCCUACUUGAACACUUCCAUUUCCACAUUAUACAAAAAUGAAAAAUUUGCCGAUGUGGUGCUAUAUAGCUCGUAUAGCAACAGUGGCAUCACCUCGGAUAUACCCACGGUUGGCAUAUCGGCGCACAAAUUUAUACUGAGCUCGUGCAGCCAGUUCUUUGCCACAAUGUUUGAGACGGCACCGAUUACCUCGCCAAAUGGUGUGCUAUAUGUUGUUCUUCCGCCCGAUCUUAGCCAUCGGGCUAUACAGAUCCUGGUGCAGUAUAUGUACAGCGGCGAGGCCACCGUCUCCAAUGACAUUCUCAACGAGGUUUUGCGCGGCGGAGAGAUUUUAAAGAUUCGUGGACUAUGUCGUACCAGCGCUUCCAGUGGCAGCAGCACAGCAACCACAACGUCGCAUCAUCCGCACUCGCAUCCGCAUAGUGUACAGCAGCAGCGUGAGCCCAGUGCCAUGUAUGUGUCCAAUGGAACGCAGCGUUCAACGUUGCCCCCGCCACCGCCGAUGAGCACACAGCUUCCGGGGGAUAUAUACGGCGGGAGCAAGCCGAGCAGCAGUAGCGGCAGCAGCUCUGGUCGGUACACCCUCGAGCAUCAUCAUCCACAGUCGCAUCCAGCACACCAGCAUCCGCACUCGCACCACCAUCAUCAUCAGCAAUUUCGCGGCCUCGGCGCUUCCGUAAUGCCAAAGGACAGUCCUGUGAUUGUCAAAUCGCCCAAAAUGGCAGCCCAUGCGGGACUGUUGAGUGUGGCCAGCAGCAGCAAGUUGGGUAUAUCUGUGAACAAGGAGGUGGCCAUUGAUCCCGAGGAUAAGUGCUGCUAUCCCGGUGGCAGUCAAGUUGAAACGCAACCACCAACCGCGGCCACAGUUGUCGGAACAUCAGCGUCGGGACCAGUGCCCCCGCCACCCAUGUCGAUUUGUACUGAAGUCGGAUGCAGCAGUUGUCCCAUGACUACCACGGGGCCGGUCCCAGAGGCAGCGGAGGCUGUAUUGCGUCGUCCGGAGUAUGAGGAACCACCGAUCUGUGAGCGAGAUGGUCUUGAUGCUUUGGUCUAUGAGCGACGUCUGCGUCGGGAAAGUGCCUGCGAUAGGGCUCACGACUACUAUGAUGCUCCGCCGCAUUUCGAUCAUGUGGUCCCGCCUCGUCUGGCCACCACACCGCCACCACAUCCGCACAGUUUCCUUACCAUUAAACAAGAGCCAACUGAUUGGUCCCAAAACCCACCACCAACAGCAGCCAAUGCCAAUAACAACAAUCAUGACGAGACGCCACUUUUGUCGCCGAAGCAGCCACUGGAUUUUAAGAUGAGUGCCGUCAAAUUGGAGGUGAAUCGCGACCGUGUCACGCCGCAGGAUGAGUCCGAAGAGCAUACACUUCGCGACUACAACAAUUUCAAGCAAUUGCUGGUGUGUGAAAUAUGCCAGAAGUCCUUUGAGGAUACCAAAACGUUGGUACGCCAUUUGGGCACACACGCCACAGAGCCAGGAGCAGGCCAAAAUGUGAUGACAGGGUCAGCCAGCAGCAGCGGAAGUACCCAAGCCAGCAGCAAUGCGAACAAUAAUCUCGCUCUGCGUGCCCUAAAAACCUAUGUGCCGGCAAAGAAACGGCGGCGGGUAUCGCAACAAGAGAAUAAUAUGGAUCAUGUGACCCUGCUAUGCGACUUGUGCACCACCUCCUUUGAAACGCCAGCGGAAUGGGUACGCCAUAUGAACAGCCAACAUACGGAAAUCGAACUUGCCAUGUUCAAUAGCAAGAAGGAUGGCGAGCAGAAGGGCGGCCCCAGCAGCAACAGCAGCUCUUCCACAGUGUCACAGCCAAAGUAUGCCGGCUCCGGCUCCGGCUCAAGCUCUAGCUGCAGCUCCAAUCGUACGUCCUCCCAUCGUGGCAGCUAUGGCAACAUGAAGGCAACUGCCUCACCCUCACCCUCACCUGGCCUGAUGACCACCUAAAGACCUUAAAAAGCAAACAGCCAACAACCACAAAGUCAUCCACAUGUAACACCACGAGUGAGAAUCACACUGAGAGUAGCCAACAGCAGCAGCAAGCACUUUAUUUCUCAAGAAAUUCAAGUCGUUCCAGUAAUCAAAAGAUAAUAUAUAAUAUACUUAUAUAUAUAUAAUAUUAAUGUAUGUAUAUGAAACAGCAAGAACCGUGAUCAAAAUGCAGCAACAUAGCAUAUUUUAUAGAGAGCAGCAUAAAUUUAACAAAAACAUAAGAAAAAGAAAAGAAAAAA